AUUGUAUUGUAUAAGUACUAAUAAUAAAUAUUGAAUUAUCGAUCAUUUCCUUCGACCAAGGAACUAUCUUUAACUAUUUACAUAAUAUUCAUAUUCAUCACAAAAGUGUCCCUUAAUAUAUGGCAAUGAGUGUGGAAGAAACAGGGCUAGACGAUUACACAAAGGAUGGCACAACUGAUCUCAAAGGCAACCUUAUUCGUAGGUCCAAACGUGGUGGAUGGAGAGCUUGCUUCUUCGUUGUUGUUUAUGAGGUGUUUGAAAGAAUGGCAUUCUAUGGAAUAACAACAAAUUUAGUCUUAUAUAUGACGAGAAAACUCCAUCAAGGAACCGUUGAGUCGGCAAACAAUGUGACUAAUUGGGUAGGUACUAUUUGGAUGACUCCUAUUUUGGGCGCUUACGUGGCCGAUGCUUACCUUGGACGUUAUCCCACUUUUCUUAUUUCCUGUGCCAUCUAUUUUUUGGGAAUGUUACUAUUAACACUAUCAGUUUCCAUUCCCGGGCUAAAACCACCUCCUUGCAAUGAAGCCCAAUUGACAAAUUGCAAAAAGGCCUCACCAUUACAACUGGGUGUGUUUUAUGGUGCACUCUACACUCUAGCAAUUGGAACUGGUGGGACUAAGCCCAAUAUCUCUACCUUUGGGGCAGACCAAUUUGAUGAUUUUGAGCCCAAAGAGAAGGCCCAAAAAAUAUCUUUCUUCAAUUGGUGGAUGUUUAGCAUUUUCUUUGGUACUUUGUUUUCAAACACAAUCUUAGUGUACAUCCAAGACAAUGUAGGUUGGUCUUUGGGAUAUGGACUUCCAACUCUUGGGCUUGCAAUAUCAAUCUCAAUUUUUAUAGGAGGUACUCCAUUUUAUAGGCAUAGAUUGCCUAGUGGAAGUCCCUUCACAAAAAUGGCAAAGGUUAUUGUGGCUGCAAUUCGAAACCGAAAAACUCCAUUGCCUAGUGAUCCUAAGAAAAUGUAUGAGCUUGACUUGGAUGAUUAUACUAGCCAUGGGAAAUUCAGAAUGGAAUCAACUUCUUCUUUGAGGUAUCUUAACAAAGCCGCGGUGAUCACAGGUUCAAGUGAACCUUGGAAGCUAUGUACGGUAACACAAGUGGAGGAGACGAAGCAAAUGCUUAAGAUGAUUCCGAUCUUAGUUACAACAUUCAUCCCAAGUACGAUGUUAGCUCAAGUACAUACUCUUUUCGUCAAGCAAGGGACUACCUUGAAUAGGAGCAUAGGAGAAUUCAACAUUCCCCCUGCAAGCCUAACAGGGUUCACAACAAUCUCAAUGCUAAUUUUCAUAGUUAUAUAUGACAAAGUAUUAGUGAAAUUAUUGAGAAAAAUAACAAAAAAUCCAAGAGGGAUCACAAUGCUUCAAAGAAUGGGGUUUGGCUUAAUCCUUCACACCAUUAUUAUGAUUGUAUCAAGUUUAGUAGAGAGGAAAAGACUAAGUGUUGCGAGACAACAUGGGCUAGUUGAGACCGGUGCUAAAGUUCCCUUAACGAUAUUCAUUUUGCUUCCUCAGUUCAUGCUUAUGGGGGUGGCCGAUGGAGUCCUUGAGGUAGCCAAACUUGAAUUCUUCUACGAUCAAGCACCCGAAGGAAUGAAGAGCCUUGGAACUUCUUAUGCAAUGACGAGUAUCGGAAUAGGAAAUUACAUAAGUAGCUUCCUCUUAUCAACCGUUUCUCGCCUCACAACAAAACAUGGACAUCAAGGAUGGAUUUUGAACAACCUUAAUGCUUCUCAUCUUGAUUACUACUAUGCCUUCUUUGUGUUACUUAAUAUGGCAAAUUUCAUCUUGUUUUUGUUCAUUUCAAAGUUCUACACUUACAAGGCUGAGAUAUCCAAUUCAUUGGAAGUCCUUAAAGAUGAUUUGGAUAAAUAAUUGUCCUUAAGUUGCACUACAUUAGGCAUUUGUAUGGUCAAGAUUCAAUACAAUUAACAUACUAAAGGUUUUAAUAUCUUAGUCCAUUGCCAAUGACUAUGCCUGAAAAUGAAAUUGGAAAAAAGAAGUAUGAUUAAGUA